CUGAAAUCCCGCCACCUGAGUUCCAGACUGCGCGCGCUUUUUUUGCCAUUGUGCGCUUGUUUGUUUGUGGGACUGUGCGGUAAACGUGUGGGCUAGCGAAGUGCCGGUAGCACCGGUAGCACAUCUUCUCUUCCGCACCACGUUCACGCAUAUUUUCCUUCUACAGCGCUUCCCGAAGCAAAGACGACAUGGCUGAAGACCUCCCGUACAUGGCCGAAUACGCCAAGAGCGGUCGCGCGUCUUGCAAGGGCUGCAAGUCUAAGAUCGACAACGCCGAGCUUCGCCUUGCUGUCAUGGUGCAGUCGCCCAUGUUCGACGGCAAGACGCCCAACUGGUACCACUUCAUGUGCUUCUUUGCCAAGCAGCGGCCAAAGUCUGUCGGCGACAUUGACAAAUUUGGCACGCUGCGUUAUGAAGACCAGAAGCGCAUUCAGGAGAAGAUCGAGACCAAACUGGCGACUGGAACGACUGAAGAGGACCUUAAGGAUUUCGCAACCGAAUAUGCCAAAUCUGGCAAAAGCACCUGUAAAGGAUGCAACGAAAAGAUUGCAAAAGGAGAGGUCAGGAUUUCCAAGAAUGACUACGACAGCGGCUAUGCCAAGAUGCGCGGUGCCAUCCCCAUGUGGUUCCAUGUGGACUGCUUUGUCCAGAAGCGCGACGACCUCGACUACACGCUGGGUGCUGAAAGCCUUCCAGGUUUCAUGACACUGGGGGUCGACGACCAGAAGAAGCUCAAGGAGAAGCUGAAGAAAUUGGAUAGAAAGCGAAAGCCGAAGGAAAGUGGGGACGUUGUUGAUGGGCCGUCAUCCGCGAAGCAACCGAAGAAGGAGGUCGACGUCGAAGAGGAGAAAGCCCUCAAGAAACAAUCGGACCGCGUGUUCAAGCUCCGUGGUGACCUACAGAAGAACCUCUCAAAGAAGGAACUUCAGGAGCUGCUUGAAUUCAACUCUCUGGACAUCCCGCCUGGCGAAAGCAGGAUCUUGGAUCUUCUGUCAGACUGCAUGGCCUUUGGCGUUCCAUCACGCUGUCCUGAAUGCAAAGAGGGCCAGCUGAAGCUCAAGACGCAUGGCUACACGUGCACCGGCAACAUCAGCGGGUGGACCAAGUGCACCUACGUGACGCUCGAGCCCGCCCGAGUGCCGUUCAAGAUUCCUCAAGAUUUCAAGGAGACUUAUCCUUUCCUCAACAACUACAAGAGUGUCACAAAGAAACGCAUCUUCCCAAAGAACCUGCCGAAGCCCUCGGAGGCGUCGACAUCAGCCAACGGCAGUGUUGGCAAGCAGCGCCCUCUGGAUGGCCUGGAGGUGGUGUUCAGCAAGACGGCGACGCCCGUCGAGGAACUCAAGAAGAAGGUGACGUCCCUCGGUGCCAAGGUCGCGGCCAAGGUGUCCGACAAGACCCUCUGCCUUGUUGCUACGGCUGAGGAAGUCAAGAAGAAGAGCAAGCGGGUCAAAGAAGCAGAGGCGCUCAACGUGCACGUUGUCUCUGAGGACUUCAUCGACUCCCUGGCCAGUGGAGGUGCUGUUGCCGAUAUCGACAAGUUCAAGCUUGCAUCAUGGGGUGGCGAUGCUGGCUCCAAGAUAGAGAAGUACAAGUCAAAGUCUCAGAUGGACCGGAUGUUUGCCAAAAGUGGACCCUCAACUAUGAAGCUGACAGUCAAAGGGCUGGCAGCGGUGGAGCCUGACUCAGGCCUGGCUGAUGUUGCGCACGUCUACACCAAGGGCGACGAAAUAUACAGCUCGGUCUUGGGUCUUGUUGACGUCAGCAAGGGCACCAACUCCUACUACAAGCUGCAACUGCUGGAGAGUGACGGAAAGAACCGCUACUGGGUGUUUCGUGCGUGGGGUCGUGUGGGCACGAGCGUAGGUGGUAACAAGGUUGAGGAGAUGGACUCUCUGCACGAGGCCAAAACACACUUCAAGUCUCUCUUUGAGGAGAAGACUGGAAACCUCUGGGAGGACAGAAAGGACUUCGUCAAGCAGCCAAACCGCUUCUACCCGCUAGAGCUCGACUAUGGCCAGGAAAGCGUCGACAAGAAGCAGUUGAAGCCCAGUAAGGACUCCAAGCUGCACAUGGCCAUUCAAGAGCUUAUCUGUAUGAUCUUCGACAUUAACAACUUUGAGAAGACGAUGCUUGAGUUCGAGAUUGACUUGACCAAGAUGCCUCUUGGAAAGUUGUCUAAGCGGCAGAUUCAGAAGGCAUACUCUGUGCUGACUGAGUUGACGGAGCUGAUAAAGUCUGGGGGAUCGGACAACCAGUUCACGGAUGCUUCGAACCGCUUCUACACGCUCAUCCCGCACGACUUUGGCAUGAGCAAGCCAACGAUACUCAAGGACGACAAGCUUAUUGAGCAAAAGGUCAACAUGCUGAGCUCGCUGCUGGAGAUCGAGGUGGCCGUCAACUUGCUCAAGAGUGAGGGCGACACCGAGGAGGACAAGCUGCACCCCGUGGACUUCCACUACAGCCAGCUGAAGACGGACAUCCAGGUGCUGGACCGGUCGCACGACGAGUUUUCGCUGCUCAGCAAGUUCGUCGAGACCACGCAUGCCGAGACGCAUCGUUCAUACAAGCUGGAGAUUCUCGAGCUGUUCAAAGUGGUGAGAGAUGGCGAGGCGAAGCGAUACAAGCCCUUCCGGAAGCUCCACAACCGCAAGCUGCUCUGGCACGGCUCGCGGCUCGCAAACUUUGCUGGCAUCCUCUCCCAGGGGCUGCGCAUAGCCCCACCCGAGGCACCUGUGACUGGCUACAUGUUUGGCAAAGGUAUCUACUUUGCCGACAUGGUCUCCAAGAGUGCCAACUACUGCUGCACGUCGCCAAGCAGUCCAGUGGGACUACUGCUGCUCUGCGAAGUUGCUCUGGGAAACAUGUAUGAGCGAAAGAAUGCCGAAUUCAUCACCAAGUUGCCUCCAAAUUACCAUUCCACAAAGGGUGUGGGCAUGACCUACCCGAACCCGGAGCACAAGGUUGUCACACCCGAGGGUGUCGAGGUGCCCUUGGGACCCUCCCUCAAGGACACAAAGGCUGGUGGCAGCAGCCUGCUCUACAACGAGUACAUCGUGUAUGACACAGCUCAGGUCACCAUGCGAUACCUCAUGAAAGUCAAAUUCAAUUACAGCAUCUGAAGGGCAUGCUAGAGGGAGCGUCUCUUGUUUGCGUAGGGCCGUGAUUUAUGCAAAGAAGAGUCUGCAAGCUUGAAAGGCGAAGAAUGUGCAGGCUCUGUAAUGUGCUGAAUGUUCACUGUUGGACCAGAAUUUUUCAUCUUGUGCAUUUUUCUUGGCUGCUGCUUCAGCAGCUAUAUAUGUUCUCAUGGUGGUUUGCUUUGGGCAUUGAAGUGCAAAGCUAUCCUGGUAGUAUGCAGUGUCACUGUAACGUUGCCGCAACGUUUGCUACGGCAAUGUUUGCAACGUUGUGGCAACGUUCUGGAAACAAUUGGUGCUACUAGGGCAUGUGCGCUGACAAGGUGCCUGUCUGUUUUGAUGCAGCUGAGCUUGUAUGGGCGGUGGAAAAGAUAAAUGGAAUGCGAUGCCAAUGCCUCUGAAUGCUCACAUGUGAAACCUGUAGGGGCUUGUCGCAAAGUUUUGCGCAGAGCACAAAGGGUUGUUGCUUGCCAAAAGAUGUACCAAAAAGAACAGCAGUCUUUAUUACUCCUUACUUCCCCCUCCCUCCCCAAAUAAAACAAUUGUUCGUGCGCUACGCAAAACGCUGCCACAAAAUACCACCAACUUGCCUAGGCAUCCAACCUAAGACCUCAUUUAUGCAGCCAUGAAAGUUCCAGUUACGUCACCGUUGCAUAAAAAAAGCACACACUGCACAUGUGACUGGGCAGUGUAUGAAAAGGUGGUGUUGACAGCAGUGCAUUUGCCUAAAGUUGGCUGACCACACCUACUGUCAAAACACGCUUGAUCCGCAUUCAGCACACCAAUGGGAAAUGCGUAUUUAUUUAUUCAACAAUACUGCCGAUCUCAUUCAAAAUCAUUGCAGGAGGUACCCAUAAUGAAAUGCUACAUACAAAAAGUCAUAAGAGAGGAAACGAAACAAAAAUUGAAAUUAUCACUGGAAAUUGAUUAGUACAAAACAACCUAGAGACUGCUGCAAUAUUUAUACAAUAUUAUCGGCAGAAUCAUUACUAGCAGUAACAGCAGUAAAAAUCAAAGCAUUCUUUUGGCCAUGAGCGUUUUCGGUCACACUUAAAAACGAGACACUGUAUCCGGAUAUGAAUGUGACAGUUGUGCUGCAUUUCUGAUAGCUGAGGUGUUGAAGCUCCUGCUUUGUAAAAUUGCUGUUUUUUGACGACAUCUCUUUCACUUUGAUUGAUCGUUUUUUUAAGCGGCGAGGCUCCGUCGCCAUGUUGGCAGCGGAGAUAUUCAGCUCAAUUCUUCAGUGUCCUAUUUUUGAGUAGGAAAACGAAAACUGGGGCCGUGACGUUGAUGUGACAAGGCAUUUGACGGCUUUAUGAAUGAGGCAUUAAGGAAGUCUUGAUUGAUAUUGUCAAAUUAGUGUUGGGUGGUUUGCAAGAAUAAAUGAUAUUUCCUGGCUUUCAACUUGGUCGACCACACGCACAUGCACUCUGAUUCAAAGUUGGCACACAGGAUCAUGUUCUGUUUACUCCUUUACUCCUUCAACCAUUUGCGUGUAGUGUGUAGCCGUGUUAUGGACUGAAGGAUAUUUCAAGGCAAGAUCGAGUUGUUGCAUAUGGUUUGGUCUGCCUGAGAGUAGCUUUGCAAAAGUGAAGGUGUGAAGAAAUGCUCAACUAGGGAACCCAUGGCCAUUUUGCCUGAGCAGCUGGCAACCUUGUUUGGCUUGAUGAAGUUGAUCACAAGAUCUUGUUUGUGUGUUUUGGAAAACAUUCACCCCCGAGGUGCGGCUGUAAGUGAAGAUGUCGCGACAUCCAAGUCUGCUUUUGCGAGCAAGGCUGUUGCAGUAGUAGGCGUGGAUUUCGCAUAGCAGUGUGUUGUGUUUUAGUAAUAGCGCUCUGUUGUGAACUAUGUCAUCAAGUGUACAUGAAGAUGGGGUGCAUGUAUGGUAUGUCAUUGCUCCCUGGGAAAACGUGCAACAGUUAUGCCAUGCUUCUUGUUUUUGGCUAGAAUUGUGCACCUGAUUGACGCAUUGCAGGACUGUGAUUGUGUGAUUAUAUUGAAUGUUGUAGGUGGGGUAGCAGUUAAUGUUGAUAGCCUGAUAACGAUGAAAGCUGCUAAAUUGCUGCCAUUUUAAAGCAAAAUCAAGGAAUGCAGUGAAAUACUUAAAGGCAUAACUUUUGCAAUAUAUCUCGAUCAUUCCAUGCAUGAAGAAGCAGCUCACUUGUAAUUGUGUGAUUGUCCCAACUUGCUCGCUACGAUGUGGGUGUUGACAUACAAGAUGGCUAUGUAACGUCAGCCAUUAGGAGUCCAUCUAGUUGAUAGUGUUUGAGUAGUAGCUGCAUUUUGAUCACAGGUUCAGCUGAAUCCCUGGUGUUGCUGCUUCGGAUGUCCGGUAUGCAGGCAUCUGGGUUCAGUGAGCUUGAAUACCUCAAACUGUCGCACUAUGCCCUUGAUUGCAAAUGAGCAUUUACCAGUUGAUAGUCAUCAAGUUGUUUGUUUUCUUUCCUCGCCAAAGAAGUCGGUUUCCUUCUAGAAUGCUAAAGAAGACAAUAUAAUUUCCUUGUACCUGUACAGAGUGUCCUAUCUUAUUUUUUUUUUUCGUUUCUGUUCUGUGACAGCCACUACAGACCAGUUACAUAUGUUGUGCCUUUUUAUAUUAGUGUGUUGAGAGCUCCCAAACGUGUUUUAUAUUGCUUGUGAAUGCACAUACAGCGGUGUUGUUUCAUUUUCUUCUGCACAGUUUUUUUCUAGUAGCAUACUACCUUUUGUUUGUUUUUAUUCUGCAACAGCUGCUGCACAACACUUACGUAUGCUGUGCCUUGUUAUGAUUCUGUGUAGAGAGUUCCCAAGCAUGUUCUAAUUAUUUUCACCUGAACAUGUAGCAGUGUGUUGUCUCAUUUUUUUCUGCACAAUAUUUUGUUCCUCACCUUGGUGCACAUCAAGCAUAUCAGAUGCAAGUUUUCAUGCAGGCAUCUGGGUUCAGUGAGCCGUCAACAACUUUCUGGACUAUUUGUUUUUGUGUUUGCCACACCUUCAAUGGUCCCACAGCUCCCCUUCCUUCAUAUUUGUCACUUUUGUGUUUCUUUCAGAUGUUUGCAUAAUUUAACAACAUGGGCAUUUAAAAUUUUUCUCAUACUCGCCGAGAUAGCAACGCACAGUUGUCUUCAUUUGGAAUCGCUCUGUUGGCCACAAGCGCAAGAGUGUGCAAAAUGUCCUUUGGCUGACAGAAUAUUGAUAACUUCUACAUUUCCUGCUGCCCAGAUGCGUUCACAAAAUGUAUUGUGCUGAUCAUGUGGGGCAACUGAAACGUGUUUUUAGGAACCUCAUAUUUUCCCGUUUUUACUGUCUUUGUCAGAUUGUACAUAGUGAUGCUGUGUUUCAGUAAAAGAUUUGCUAAGCCAAAGAUUUGAAACUCACUGCGUCUUCAGGGUUGUCCAGCACUAAAUGAGUAGUCGUACUGUCUAAAAGCCAACUCUGGCAAUAUUUUUGGUUAUGUCAAGGUAAUGGCUAUACUAUGUUCCUGAGGUGCUCCUGUCUCAUACCCGAUAUUAAAAACGCUCAUCAAACUUG